UUUUACGGAAAACACUCCUCGUUCAGUCGGUUUGAGGGUAAAAUAGGCAAAUCUGGGUGUUUAAAUCACACAGGUAGCCGUGCAGUAAUCAGAGGGCGAGGUGUUUACCUUCAUUACAGCUAGAGUAAGCUAUUAAUAUAUAUAUAAUUAUCUGUUGCUUCGGUCAGUAGGUAGGUUAAUAAGUUGUGUAUGAGCGGAUCUGAUCUAAACCUCUACAGAAACAUAAAACACCGAAUUACAGCUGUGUGGCAGUAUAACCUUCAUCCUGCUCUUCCUCUCUGAAGUCUUCCUCCUUGUCCUCCAUCAUGGACUUCCUACAGUUGAGGCACUUGAAGCGGAAGCGGAAGAGUAACUACAGUGUGCGGGAGACGCAGACCCUGAUCCGAGAGAUCCAGCGGCGGCGAGACGUCCUGUUCUCGAGGCAGCAGAACACAGCGGUGAACGAGCUGAAGCGGCGGGCAUGGGAGGAGGUGGCAGAAUGCGUGAACUCACUGGGCGAGGGCGAGGUGCGCACGGCUGGGGAGGUCAAGCGUCGUUACCUGGACUGGCGCACACUGAUGAAGCGGAAGCAGCUGCGGGCACAGCUGGCAGCUGGACUGCAACCGGACUAUGACCCACCAUGUUCCCCCGACAAUGAGGCCUCGCUUUGUGGGGAGCCGGCACAGGAACCGUGCAGCUUUCAGAAAGAAGCGCAGGGAUACUGGCAGGACCUACCAGACCUCGGGGAGAACAGUGUCCACUCCGGGGUUAAAUUGGAGGACUCUGAGGCUAGUGAUUACAAUCUGGACGGUGGUGUUGGAGACAGUGUUCCAGAUGAGGUAGAAGGUGAAGGUGAAGGAGAUGAAGAUGACGAAGAUUGCUUCCCCUCCAUCCUAACAGACGUGGACAGAGACGAGAAUGUUCCAGAAGAGUUUACCCACAUCGAUGAGUUUGGUGUCCUGAGCUGCUCUAAGGCUUCUGCUGGACCGUCACUGACCAGAGACCUGGGGCCUGCAACACCUGGCACACCUGGAGCUUGUGCAGCCACGCUAGGCCUGUCUGCAGGAGACAGCACAAGCCUGCUGGUGGCGCUGGAGAGACAGCGUCUGGAGCUGGAGAAGCAGCGGAUGCAGUUGGAAAAGGAGAGGCUGCAGGUGGAGAAGGAGCGCCUCCUGGUGGAGAAAAAGAGGCUGUGUCAGGCAGAGAUGGAGCAUGAGCGCCUCCAUCUGGAGAAGGAGCGUUUGGACUUGGAGAGAGAGAGGCUCCGCCUGCUCAUGCAACAGUCUGCACUCCCACAGCAAAGCCCCGCCACCUCCACCACUGCAGCCACACCCACCACCUCCUCCGCCCCCUCCUCAUCAUCCUUCCUGGAUGUGGAGAAAGACAAGAAGCCCGUCUGGCCAGGGUGGACGGAUCUGGAGGGGGAGAAGCUGAAGCUGGAGAAGGAGCGUCUCCUGCUGGAGAAGGAAAGGCUACAGUUCUUUAGGUUUGAGUCAGGGCGGCUGCAGAUUGAACGAGAGCGCCUCCAGGUGGAAAAGGAGAGACUACAGCUGCAAAAGGAUGGCCAGCAGAUGGUGCUGCACUCGUGAGCCUAAAUUAGCGGUUGGUUUUGGCUGACCUGAGAUGUUUAGCUUCAGUCCUGGUCUGACACCUGUUCCAGGUAAACCAAUCUGAACAUCAGAACCAGGUGUGCUGGUAACGGUGAGAACAUGCAGCAAAGUGGCAUGCUUAAAGCGAUUGAUUGGUAAAAAUUGGUUUGAGUUCCUCCAGUUCCCUCCCCCUACCACAAAUGCAGUGGAUCAUAGAGACAUACACUACCAGUCAAAAAUUUUAGACCAUCCCCAUUUCCCCCCCAUUUUUUAGCCAUUCAAGCUCUUUAGGUCCUGUCAGUAGCCAGAAAUGGUACAAAAUCCUAUAUGCAAAAUUGUGAUGUAAACUGCCAGGGCCUUUAAGUAAAAAAAAGUUUACUAAAAACUUAAAAAAAAAUCAAUUGCAUUAUUGUACAAGCAUCAUAAUCACUAGACACGAAAAAACAGAUAACUCUGUAACUGUUAAAAGCAGAAGUCUUUUAUUUAGAGAAAUUACAGGUGAAGCCAGAGAGCGGUAAGAAGUAUUUCAUACACCUUUAAAAGACUCUUGGAAACUAGAGAAAACUGGUACAGGAAGACGUCUGGCUGACUCACAGGGCAACAGCUUUAGCCUUUAGCUCAGCUUACUAUGAUUGGACUAAGUCUCAGUUUCAGCAGUGAAGAGAAAAAUUAAAGAGAGGUCUGAUAGGUGAAUUAUCAGAAAAUAAAGUCAUUGAUAAGAGGAUCCAAUAAAAAGCAGCAUUUCUGGGCCAUAAAGCACUGCUGUUGGACAACAAAACAUAAACAAUAGGGGUGUUCGAAAAGUUUUGAUUGCUAGUGUAUAUGGUACAUCAGCUCACAGACGCAUUGUGCUGAUUUACGUCACCCCAGGAGUGAUAAGGUGAAAGAGCACUUUCUACCCAUCUAGAAAGAGCAAGGCCAGUUGUGCUCUCUCGGGGCUCCGGCAGCUGAUGGCAAGCUGCAUGCCUGGGAUUCAAACCAAUCAUAGUGGCAGCGCUUUAGACUGCUGGACCACUCAGUGCCCUUAAACUCUUUUUAAUACCUUUAAUUUCAGGCGAAACGGUCAAUGAGCAGGUGUCCCAAUACUUUUGUCCAUAAAAAACUGGUAGACAGUGUUGCUAUGGGAACAGGGGACAGUGAUCAAAAGCAUGUUCUUCUGGAACCAGUUAAACUGCAUAUAGUGUAUAUGAAUGGUGUUGGGUCAUGUUUGUGAGGGAAGGUGAGGAAACUAUGGGAUUAUAGAUUUUGCUGUAGCAUUGCUGCACCAGUCUGGAAGCAGUAUUUACCUUAUCCAGCACUCCAGCAGAGAGUGUGUGAUUGGAACUCGGCAUUUGUGCCGGAUGGAGGGAUGAGCUGAAGGAUAAAAUAAACUGUGCCUGAGGAUGGAGGGAUCUGACACAAGAGAAGAACCUGUACAGACUGAACUGACUGUUUUGGUGCUCUAGGAGACUGUGUGUGUGUUUUUGUUUGUUUGUUUGUUUGUUUGUUUGUUUGUUUGUUUGUUGCAGGUACAGUUCAGUAUUUCUGGUUGAUGCUUAUCCUGUCGUUUUCUGUUAUUCUGGGCAGACAUUAGGGGUUUACCACUAUUCAGGUGCUUCUCAAAAAGUUCAUCAAAGAGUAUCAUUGAAAAGUUACUUUAUUAAUUUUUUUAAAGUAAUUAUUUAAAUAAUUCAGUUCAAAAUGUGAAACUCAUUAUAUAGAUUUAUUACACACAGAGUGAUCUAUUUUAAGCGUUUAAUUCUUUCAUUGUUGAUUUAUUGUGGCUUACAGCCAAUUAAAACCCAAAAAUCAGUGUCUCAGAAAAUUAUAUUAAGUAAGACCAAUUGGUACUUUUGGCAGUGUGGGCAGUGUGCCAAGUCCUGCUGGAAAAUGAAAUCCGCAUCUCUUUAAAAGCUGUCAGCAGAGGGAAGCAUGAAGUGCUGUAAGAUUUUCCAGGAAAACCCUUCACUGCACUUUAGACUUGAUAUAAAACAGUGGACCAACACCAGCAGAUGACAUGUCUCUCCAAACCAUCAUCAAUUGUGGAAACUUCACACUAGACCUCAAGCAGCUUGGACUCUGUAUCUCUCCACUCUGAUCCCUUGAUUUCCAAGUGAAAUGUAAAAUUUACUGAUGAUCAGUAAUGGUUUGGAGAGUCACGUCAUCUGCUGGUGUUGGUCCACUGUGUUAUAUCAAGUCUGUGCAGUGUUUUUCCGGAAAGUCUUACAGCACCUCAUGCUUCCCUCAGCUGACAACUUUUAUGGAGAUGCGGAUUUCAUUUGCCAGCAGGAGUACCAGUUGGUCUUAUAUAAUAUUCUAAUUUUCUGAGAUAUUGGUUUUUGGGCUUUCAUUGGCUGUAAGUGAUCAUCAAUAAUAAAAUAAAUAAAAGCUUAAAAUAGAUCACUAGAUCACAUGUGUAAUACGUCUAUAUAAUAUUUUUUUUAAUACUGAAUGCUUUAUUUUACUGCGUUUAUUUCACUAAGUAAAACAUAACUAUACUGAAUGCAUUUAUUUAUUUUAAUUAACACUACAUUUCCUUUUUCCAUUUUUAGUUGAAAAAUUUCAAUAGCCAAAUAGUUUCCAAAAACAAUUUUUGUUCAUGCGUUCAUUUCAAACACUGAGUUCCCCUUUUAAUGUAUUGUCUGAUUACAGAACAGUACAGCCUUAAGUAAGAAGCAGCAGCAGUGAAUGUGACGUCUUAUAUGUUUAAUAUGGUAUAUUCGUCGGUGUAUCACUACUGUUAACACUGUGAUAGUGAGCCAUUAGUUCACCACUAUGGCUGGUGAUAUCAAAAUUGUGCUGUAAUUUUAUAUUCAUUAUUUCUUCACUGAAACAGCUGGAGAAAGUGUGUGUAAAGUGCAGACUGUACCGCAUCAGUGGCUGUUUGAGUAGAAGAGGAGAUAUUUUAUUAUAAUCAGAAUUAUUUGUUGGAAAGUUGUUAUUGUUUCUAUUUGUGUCUUGUUUUGUUGUUUUUCCACAUUCCUGUCUUUUCAUGUAAAAACUACCAGAUUAGCUUGUUUAUAGGUAGUGAAAAUGUAAGAAAGUAUGUUACUGUAUUUUAUUUAUGUUAGUUAUGGUAUUUUUAGGGAGGACACAAGUUUAAUCCAUAAUCAGCUACAGUUCCAGGUUAAACACGUAAAGGGUGUUUUGUGGCAGCAGAAAAUAAACAAACGCAAUCAAUUCUCUACAACCACAGAUACUACAUGCUUAAGUUCCACUGACAUGCAAAAUUCAUGGGACGUUAUAUUGAUCGUUAUAUUGAUCCCAUGUCAAUUGGAAACUAAAGAGUCAUUCAUUGCAUUGAACGUGGAUUGAAUGCACCAUCGGUCAUGAUCAUUAGCACCCACUGCACUGUCCACUGUGGGUGAUAAUGCCUUAUUUCUGGUACACACAUGACACUGUGAAUAGAGGAAUGUUACAUGACUGAACAACUUCAGAAAUUGUGAAUGUCUGCCUGUUCUGUUAUCUGGCACCGACUAUCAGAUCUCGCACAAUUUUCUUUCUUAAUCUACGUGGCUUUGCAUUAAGUACACUGGCCUUACUCACAAGACAACACCUCAUAACCUGUACCUAUGUGGAUGUUCCAAAUUUGUUUCCUAAAUUAGCACUUUUUGAUAAAUAGACUUACUACUAUCCCAUGACUUUUGGCAUUUUUCACAACUCUGAAAAAAUAUAAGACCAAUCAGACUGAAUCAGUUUCUCUGGUUUUGCUAUUUAUAGGUAUAUGUUUGAGUAAAACGAACAUUGUUGUUUUAUUCUAUAAACUACGGACAAUAUCUCACCCAAAUUCCAAAUAAAUAUAUUGUAAUUUAGAGCAUUUAUGCAAAGAAAACAAGUUCAUAUUCAUAAAGUUUUAAGAGUUCAGAAAUCAAUAUUUGGUGGAAUAACCCUGGUUCUUAAUUCACAGUUUUUAUGCAUCUUGGCAUGUUCUCCUCCACCAGUCUUACACACUGCUUUUGGAUAACUUUAUGCCACUCCUUGUGCAAAAUUUCAAGCAGUUCAGCUUGGUUUGAUGGUUUGUUAUCAUGCAUUUUCCUCUUGAUUACAUUACAGAGGUUUUCAAUUUGGUAAACACAAAGCAUUGUGUGUAGAGUGAUCUCUAUUUUUUUCCAGAGCUGCAGUUCCACACUGCAGGCUCUAAAUGGUUCUGUUCUGUUCUGAGAAUGCUUCUCGCUGCUGUGGGAUGGAAAUGAUGUCUCUCAGUAAUGCCUUGAGGACACCAGAGGGCACUCAUCUGUUGGACAGCAGUAAAAGCAAUGCACUUGGUAAUUACAUUAAUUCUGUAAUUACAGAUAAUUAACCUCCACAUAUUCAAAGGUUUCAGAAAGCUGAGCUUAAUAUAAUAUCAUUAAUAUAAUUUAUUGUAAUAGUACAUAGUCAAAUGCCACGGAUAAAUAUAUAACAUAUUACAAUGAUGAGAUUAUGGGUAAAUAACCCCAAAUUCAGUCAAUCAGCCGUGACAUGUUUGAUAUAAGAUUUUGCUAAUCUUUUUUUUGUUUCUAUAAAGUUAGUUCAGUUUUUCCCGUUUGUUGUGUGAAGGGGUUCAGUAGCUGCUGUUCUGUACCGAGUCGUCAGUAAAUGGAUAUGUUUGUUCAUAUGUUCACUGUCUGCCUUGGAGGUGAAAUAUUCUGUGUUUAAUUGUCAGAAUGGAACUAAAAAUAUAUCAAUGAGAUUUUUGGUCA